AUGUCCUCCUCCCUCGAACUUCUCUGUCCCACAUCACCUCCCCCUCCCGCCAACGCUCCCACCUCAACAUGGGCCGCCUACAUGAUCCUCGUCACCAAAACCGUCGUCUCCGCCCUCAACAACCGCAACUGGUCCCACCCCUACCUCGAGCAAUACAUCGCCCCCAACCUAACCGCCUACAUGGAACACGUCGAAAAGCCCUACAUCAAAUCCCGCGAAGAGUUCCUGACGGCAAUCAAGCGCAGCAGCGAGAAUAGUCCAGAGUAUCAGUUUGAGAUUGUGAGUAUAACGCCGGAGAUUGAUGAGAAGAGGGGCACGGCGAGUGUGUGGUAUAAGUUGUUGAUCAAAGGGCAUCCGCCGGGGACGGCGAAGGAGAGUGUGGGGAUUAGUUAUUGUACGAGGAGUAGGGGGAAUUGGAGGAAUGUUAAGCAGAUUAGUAUGAGGGGUAUGGGGCCUGGUGAUGCGGGGGUGUGA